UUUAUUUUCCUGACCAUGGAAAAGAUGUUUCCUUGGUUUUGUAGUACCAUUACAGCAUCACGAGUUUACUAUUCUGACUCGUGAUUGCUGGACUGAGUGCUGGGGCCUAGCUAGGGCCUAUGACUCGUGUGAAGAGGGAACCAAAUCCCGUAUCUUCAUUUCCUAUGUCUACCAUCUGUGUUUGAGAAUUGGCUUGGGUUUGGAAAUGCAUGUACAUUGACCAUAAUCUACAAGUCUAAGCCUGGAAGCCCCGCGUGCUGGUUUUGGUGGGUGAGAUGUAUCUACCCAGAAAGAAUCAAAAGGGCUCUGCAAAAUGAUUUUCUUACUUGAAAUUCCCUUUAGAACCCUGAAAUAUAUUCGCAUAAAGAAGUCAAGGAAUCAAGGAUUGUUGUUCGCAUACAAAAAUGAUUGAAAAAGAAGUGGGCAUUCUUGGAAUUCCAAUGAAUAAUGCAGAAGUUUCAUGAGUUAGCCAAAAUACGCGAUCUGUCGCUUGGGGACCUCUUAGAGUUAUUCCCAUACAAAGGCAAAAAUGGCCAGCAUGAAACUAAGCAACGUAGUGUUGCUAUUCUUCAUGACCUUUACCCUGGCAGCAUGUGUUAUACAAGUCUUGCAGGGUCUAGAAAUCAAUCAGAACUUCAACGUCCAAGGGUCCUUCGUCCGUCCGGACUACAAAAAGAAUUAUAUUUGAAGGCUGGCAGUGAAAGAAUGAUGAUGAAGAGGAACUCAAGGAGAUUGAUGAUAGGAUCCACAGCACCAACCUGCACUUACAAUGAAUGUAGAGGAUGCAAGUACAGGUGCAGAGCGGAGCAAGUUCCAGUAGAGGGGGAUGACCCAAUCAACAGUCCAUACCACUACAGAUGUGUGUGUCAUAGGUAAAUCUAUCCAGACAUAUAUCUAUAUAUAUUGAAGUUGAGCUUCGUGGGGUGGGGUUUCAUGUUGAUUGUCAAAUUGUCAGUAUCCAAGGAGCUCCUAGUUUUGCUGUCUCUACAUAGGUUGAACACUGUUUUUUUCAGUGCAGCCAUUUCCAUGGGUGUCAAAAUUAGCAGUUGUGGUGCUGUUUUCUGAGUUUUGAAUGCUAAAAAGAAACUGCAUGAAUUUGUUAAUUGUCAUAUAUCAUAUGAUUCUAUUUAGAAAAGAAUUACUUCUUGCCA